UUGUUUUUAUCUGGGUUGACCCUUGAAGAGAUCUGCGUUCCUUUUUCGUCGUAUCAUGUUCAUUUUUACAAGAAAAGAUUAGAAACUAAUUCAGAAUUGUCUAAAAAAACAAAAUCGGUGAGGGCAAAAAAACGCUCGCCUACUUCUCUCUUCUCGUUCACCCUCUACCUCGUCCUCUCUUUCACACUCUCAAGCACAGUUUCAACCUCCGAAGAUUCGAUCUCUACUGGUGUGAACCUUCCAUCAGAUUCUGCAACUAGGUUUCGCAGUUGAAUAUGGUGAGAGAUGAAGCUUAAAUUGAUAAAAUGGGUUGUGUAUUUGGCCGAGAGGCAUCGUCUGGGACAACUGCAACAACAGCAACAACUGAAUCUAAAGUAGCAAAGAGCUCCAAAACUAACGCAGCAGGAGAAACUGUGAAAGUUAGUAAAAGCAAUGGUGCUAUUGUGGAUGUAGAGAAGAAGAGUGAGGAGAUUCAAAAGGAAGAAAACACUGAGAAAGAGUGGAAAUUGAAAGGAGAUCGGAGAAGGUCAAAGCCUAAUCCACGGUUAAGUAAUCCGUCAAAGCAUUGGCGUGGUGAACAGGUCGCUGCGGGUUGGCCUUCUUGGCUUUCAGAUGCUUGUGGUGAAGCCCUUAAUGGUUGGAUUCCAAGAAAAGCCGACACUUUUGAGAAAAUCGAUAAGAUUGGACAAGGGACAUACAGUAAUGUAUACAAAGCCAAGGAUAUGUUGACCGGAAAAAUCGUAGCUCUUAAAAAGGUUCGUUUCGACAACUUGGAGCCAGAAAGUGUGAAGUUUAUGGCUAGAGAGAUUCUCGUAUUGCGGAGACUCGAUCAUCCUAACGUUGUGAAGCUGGAAGGUUUAGUUACAUCGAGGAUGUCUUGUAGCUUAUACCUUGUAUUUCAAUACAUGGAUCAUGAUUUGGCUGGUCUUGCUUCAAGCCCUGUUGUUAAGUUCUCAGAACCAGAGGUUAAAUGUUUGAUGCGUCAAUUGCUAUCUGGUAUGGAGCAUUGUCAUAGUCGUGGCGUGCUUCAUCGCGACAUCAAAGGCUCCAAUCUUCUUAUUGAUGAUGGUGGAGUACUCAAAAUCGCUGAUUUUGGACUGGCAACGAUUUUUGAUCCUAAUCACAAGCGGCCGAUGACAAGCAGAGUGGUUACAUUAUGGUAUCGAGCUCCAGAGCUUCUUCUUGGAGCUACUGAUUAUGGUGUUGGCAUUGAUCUUUGGAGCGCAGGCUGUAUCUUAGCUGAGCUAUUAGCGGCAAGACCUAUUAUGCCUGGUCGAACGGAGGUGGAGCAGCUCCAUAAGAUUUAUAAGCUUUGUGGUUCACCAUCGGAAGAUUACUGGAAAAAAGGAAAAUUCACACACGGAGCAAUAUACAAACCUCGCGAACCGUACAAAAGAUGUAUCAAAGAGACAUUUAAAGACUUUCCAUCAUCUUCUCUUCCGCUUAUUGAUGCCCUUCUCUCAAUCGAACCAGAAGAUCGCAAAACUGCAACUGCUGCUUUAAACAGUGAAUUCUUUACAAGCGAACCGUUUGCUUGUGAACCUGCUGAUCUGCCAAAGUAUCCUCCAAGUAAAGAAAUUGAUGCAAAGCGACGAGAUGAAGAAACUCGGAGAACGCAGGCACAAACACCUUUUCUUCUUUGCAGACAAAGAGCUGCUAAUAAAAACCAAGGGGAUGGUGCAAGGAAAACCCGGCACAGAGAUCGUUCGAAUCGAGCACUUCCAGCCCCAGAAGCUAAUGCAGAACUUCAGACAAAUCUUGAUAGGAGGAGAUUAAUCACACACGCAAACGCAAAGAGCAAGAGCGAGAAGUUUCCACCGCCACACCAAGAUGGUGGAGCAAUGGGACUACCAUUAGGAGCCUCACAGCACAUAGACCCAACAUUCGUCCCACCAGACAUGGUUUCAUCAUUCACUUCCACAUCCUUCAAUUUCUCAAAAGAUGAACCACCAACACAAGUCCAGACCUGGUCAGGUCCAUUGGGUCAUCCCAUUACCGGCAUUUCCAGAAGGAAGAAAGAUAGUACCAAAAGCAACAAAGGGAAGAGAGCAAUGGUGGCUUGAAAAUUGAAAAAUUAUUGCAAUAUGCUCUUUCUUCAAUGUAUAACAACAAUGUAAGUGCUUUAACUUUGUUAUUCUUUGUGGCUUCUUGAAGAGAAAGUGUUUUAUUCUUUUCGAAUUUGCGUAGAACAGUCAUGUGUUUAUAAUUAUAACUUUAUAUAUAAUAAUUAUAUAUACACUACCUUUUUGUUGCUAUCA